UCCUUAUUCGUCGACACUUAUUAAUCCUCACACCGUCGCCACCCCUACCCUCGUUCCCCCUCGUCUCUUUUCUCUCUCUAAGAACUUUCUCUCUCGUGUUACCCUUCUCCCUCUGUUUGCUUACAUAUUCACAAAUAGCUUGUACACCCGCAUUUGCCCUCAACUCUCUCUCUCUCUCUCUCUCUACCUUUUGGCAUCUCCUGAAAGUUUGCUUGAGCUUUGUAGUCAUGAGUUACCUGUAACUAAGCUCCCUAUUCAUUUGUGUGCUCUGCUUUCUCUUUCCCCUCCAUUUACAGUUGGUUUUGUCUCUCCAGAUAUUGAAGCCUCUCUCUUAGGCUCUAAUAAUAAUACCAAAGAAAAACCACACAAGGCUUCAAUGGGCAAGCAGGGACCGUGCUGCCAUUGCGGUAUCUUAAUGGCAGGUUCGAUAUCUUUUCAAUAAGAAAUUACAAGUCGAAAUCGACACUGUCUCGAGGUGUUAUCAUAAAUUGACAAAGAAAGUUUUAAAAGGAGAGAGUUGUCAAACCUGUCAUGGGGUACUAUGGGGGAUGGUGUAGUUAUCUGACUACGAGUCAUAAAUUUUUCGGCGGAGGACAUGCUCAAGUUGCUUGAAGUUUUGGUCAGAAUCUUGUUCUUCAAGACGAGGCUGGAUGAAUGGCUGGUUAUGGAUCGUGGAUGGAUUGUUCUUUUUACUAUUUUAGUCUCACUAUACCCAGUUAAUGAGGCUUCUUUCUUUUUGAUGUCUUGAGCAUGACUGCUAGGGUCCAUCGAGGAUUGCUUUGUUGACUAGCUGGCUAUGGGCAUCUACAAGGAGGGGCCUCCAUAUCAAUUGAUGCUAUUGUUUGUGGUUUUUGAAGGGGUGAGUUUUGAACUUUGGUGGUCUGAUAUGAAUUUCCAAAUAAAGUGGGAGUACAUUUGGUACCUAUUCUCAUGAAAUGCUUAACUUGGGAGUAAAGUGAGGGAGUUGGAAUAUUGAAGGCAUUAUGAUCAACAGCAUUAUGGGUAGAUGCAUCUUCAUCUACUUUAGUCGUGCAGGGAAGGUCAAGAGAGAGAUAAGAGGUCUCUCUGAGGGAGGGAUGUGUAGAAGAUAAUGGGAAUGAUGAGACAAAACAGUGUGGAUGGCUAUAAGGUGGGUGGCUUAUUUAGGACAUUAACUUUUGGAACUGAAGAUGGAUUGGGAUCCUAGAUGGCCAUAAUGUGCAGCAAAGAGAAUCUACACCUCUUUGGCGCAAUGGACCUCCAGACAAACCGGUUUUAUGCAAUGCCUGUGGGUCACGAUGGAGGACCAAAGGAACACUUGCGAAUUAUAUGCCAAUGCACUCAGGGGGAUUUGCACCAUCUGAUAAUAGGUUGCCAAAGGGAAAAAGUGCACCUGAGAAAGCUAAGGACCAAAGAUUGCAGAAGAAAAGGACUUCAUCUCUUGUAGAUGAUGACCUUAUGAACACAUCAAGGACCACUGGAGAUCGUGUGAGAGGAUGUGAAGAAGCUGGCAGCACAAGGUCAAGCUCUGUCUCUGGAAUAACUUACUCAGAAGGUUGCUUUCCACGAAAGUAUAUACCUGAGAAGGACUAUUCAGACAAAGCUGCGAUGCAUAAUUUUGUAUGGGAAUCACCUGUUCCCUCAAAGAAGAGGUCCUUCAUAUCCCGUCCUCGCCCAUUUGGGGAAAAGCUCAGCAAAGGAGCUUCACAUGAUGGUGACAUAUCUUUUGUAUCGAGCUCAUCUGAAGACGAUCUUGGAUAUGGGGUCAACUCUAAUUUUGGGUCAACCGAGAUAGGCCUUGGGACCACUGUUUUGAGCCACCCACGUUCCAAAACAGUGGAUGAUGACUCAGAAGCAAGUUCGCUUAUGGCAGAUAGUAGAGGGUGUAAUAUAGUUGAUGCUUCAUAUGUAAAUAUUAGGGAUGAUGAUGAAAUGGGAAAUAGAAGGAAAACAAGUGACUUGGGAAUUUUACAUAAUUCAGAUGCUAGAAGAAGUAACCUUACAAUGGAGAGGUUUUUACUCAGUUCUACUUCACUGGCUCUAUGUAGCGAAAUAAAGGAUUCCCUUAACUAUGAAACAUUUAGCACGCUUUUGACAGAAGAGGAACAGUCACAGCUUAUGAGAUUGGUGUCUUCUGAUGAUAGAUCCAAUGUUCCUGAAAGCUUGAAACUCAUGUUCAGGAGUGAACAAUUUGAAGGGGCAUUAGUGAAUUUCCAGAGACUCAUAUCGAAAGGCAUGUUCUGCGGCACUGAAUUUGGUGGGAACAACCAGUUACUUAAGGUUUUUCGGCAACUUCUAUUUACUACAGAGUUGACAAAAAGUGGGUGGAUGAGUGGAUAUUCUUUGCUCUAUAAGCAAUUUGAGCAUAAGCAAUUUGAAAGUAGUAAAGUUAAUGCAAAGCAGAAAAAAGUAAUGAAUAUACCAAACAGGAAUGGAGAUGGCAACCUUAAAUCUUCCAGUCUAGGUGGGGAAGAUAAUUUCUUGAGAGGUGAGAUCGCACGUUCUGACAGAUAUGAACUGCUGAUAAACUCUUCUGGACAACCGCCUGGUCAUUCAAUUUGUGGUACAAAAAGCCAGAGCAAGAUCGCCACAAGUUCUGGGGUUCGAGAAAGUACUCAAUUGUGUGCCUCUACGCCUUGGAAGAAUUAUCAAAGGGAGGAAACACAUCAAGGGAGCAUAAACACAGGGAAUAGUAUCUCCAAGGAAUCCCCUCUCUCUGAUUGCGAACAUUGGCUUUCACCUGAAUUUGAUGCCGUUGAUGAAGCCUCAGAUUCAGUGUUACUGUUUGAUGUUCCUUCAAACAAUUCAUUUCCUCAGGCAGAACUCUUACCCAAACUAGAGUGGAAUACAAGCCCUACAAGAUGAUGGCUACAGGCUGCCAUCCCUAAAAAAUAUUUGUGCUCUGUGCAAAGUAUGUAUGCAAUUUUCCAUCUCCUGUUAGUCUCCAAUUUAGAUUUUAGACACAUUGAAGGGUACUCAGUUUGAAUAGAAUUCCAACUUUGUAAUCAUGGUCUUCAAGUGAUUAUACAAUUGAAUGCCAGAAUCCUUUGGUGAUGAUUUUCUGUGUCAUAAGAUUUCAGUGAUUUGUAGUUGAUAAUUUUCGUUGGGCUAUGAGUGGGUCAUUGAUUUUGGUUGUGGGUCAUAAGCAGCUUUCUCAUCAAGGUUCUCGCUUCUGAAUAUUGAUGUAUCUUAUGGUGAUUUACUUC